AUGUUUAAGAUUCUAUAUUUGUCAAAUUGCUUCCCCCCCUCGCAUCUAUCCGCCUUCUCAUUCUUACAACUCCGUAUCCACGUGUCUCCGUUCUCAGUCGUUGCCGAUGGUCGCUGCAAACGUGACGGAAAGUUUAUUGAGCACGUGGGGACGUAUGAGGCCAUCCCGAACAAGAACAUGGAGAAGCACACCAUGAUGAAUACUGAACGGAUCAAGUACUGGAUCUCUGUGGGCGCCCAGCCUACUAAGCCAGUCGCCAGGCUGCUUGCACAGGCUGGGCUCAUUCCUCCGCCACCGGGAUUCGAAGCACGGCGCCUGAUGCGUGAGAAGUUGAUUGACAACCCCACGGGCACCACUCCAUUCCAGAAAUGGAUGGAUGAGCUACCCCAAGGUGAACGUAAGAAUUAUCUGAAGGUACUGAACCAUAAGAUCCGGAUUACAGACGCAAAAGGAAGGUGUGGAUACUGCCAUGAUGUGGGCCAUGGGAAAGACACUUGUCCGGUGAGGAAGGAGGAUCGUCUCACUUACAAAUCCGAGGAUUCAGCAGAUGCCAAAACACCAACCAAAUCGAAGGAUUUGCCAAAGGCGGGUUCGUCUAUCGACACUGCUGCCCAAGAGACAGAAACUACCACCGAUGGUAAGGAUGCUGGAUCUAAAAAAUCGAGUGAUAUUCCUAAGGAAACAGAGGCGGCUCAAAAGGACACCGGAUCAGACAAAAAGUAGAAAAUCCCGAUGCAAUAAAUUAUGCUAUCCCGAUUUUACAGCGGUUUCACUAGGUUGCAGUGUAUUUUUGAGCUGCUAAAAUUCUAGCAGGAUUCAAAUUUUUAAAGCCAACAACAGCCUGAACCCAUUUUAUUAUAUGCCUGGGCAGAGGUUGGAAUCUGAGCAGAAUCCUACGCAGAAAUUGCGGAUGCCGGUGUCGUUCGAAUCCAGUGCGUGUUAAUAAAUUAGAUUCCUCGAUUGCAAUUAUAACUCGGGAAGAUUUUUCCGCGUUCAUAACGUUUGUACACCCUUGCCACUUCUUGCAUGCACCAGUAGUCCGCUAAGGACACUUUUCAGUUUAUCUGGCAAUUUUGGUUGCGCUAUAGGCAAAUGUCUCGAUUUGGAGUCAUCGGAACUGAUGCGGUUUCGACAAGUCUCGCCAGAUGCAUACUUUCUUUACAUUGUUCAAGCUCAAGGAUAUAUACAGGAAGUGUGAAAGUAAUUGAAUAGCAUGCUACAGAAUGUACCAGUCCAAGACGACCCACAUUGUUAGCGGGCUGAUAUAGCAUUCCUGAUGAGCAUUACACCAGUAUAGGAAUAUCUUAAACGACCGCAAUUGUCCCGCGUAAGUAACAGCCCCACCUUAUCCUUCAACCGGCGUCACCUUACGAGCGCUCGGAAACAUGCACCCAACAUAGCCGUAGCAGGGGAUAUGAGCACAUCAUUCCUGCCCAGCUGGCUUGUCGUUGGUCAUUAAUUCCUUAACUGCAUCGAUCUUUCCUUUUAUUGUGGUCGUUUUAUCGGUGCGGGUGCCCAGUCGAAUGUUUGUGCUGAUGCGUACCACACCACCGGCGUGAAGCUUCAAGUGUACACGCUUUAUGGCCGCCAUAAUAAC